AUGGAUCCACUGUUUCGAGACGUGCAGGAGACGUGCAAUGCCCAAGACCAACGCUCUUCGCACAGUUCCUCAGCUGAGACGACUCCUCAGACCGCACCAACGCCUCAGUCACAAGACAGCACCCAAGACAGUACCCAAGCCCAACGGCCAGGAGAGAGCACUGGCGCAUACCUCGAGCGACUAUCGGCAUCCAUGAUGGAAGCUCUCAACGAGCGCACGUUCGAAAACCAUCCCAUCCUGAGCUAUCUCUCACCAAACUUUCGAGCUUCUCUGGACAGCCCCAGCAGCACAGCAGAGGAGAUCCUGGUCCAUUUCCACAAGCUGGUAGAGGUAUACCCAGAGACACAUGUCCGCGCUGUCGAGACGAAAGCGUACGUCUAUCCAAAUCUGGGCAAGGCAGAUGUGUAUAUGAAUCUGGAAGGCACCGGCAAUCCGCCUGGCUUGGUGAGACAGGGAUUCUGUCAGCUGGAUUGGGAGCUGGUCGACGGUAAGUGGACAUGUGUGCGGCACAAAGGUCUUGGUGGGACUGUGCCGCAGGAUCCCGACAGACUGUAA